GUAGAUUAUAUAUCAAUGUACAGGAAUCUACCAAUGUAUGCCGAAUGCUUGAUCGAAAGAAGUUUGGAAGUUAUUAUUUUUCAUGUUUAACACCUCAAUCGAUAUCCCAAUGAACAUCAUGAAUAAGUCUAGCGGUAUGACAUUAGAUGACUAUGAAUGGCAGCCUCCAACUGAAGCUGAAAGGAAAAUUAUUCAAGCACGAAGAGAACGCUCUGACAAGAUUAGUAGCAUAAUGGGUGAAUACCUCCUUAAAGGUUACAAAAUGCUUGGUUCAACCUGCCAAUUUUGUGAGACAAUUUUAUUAGAAACUCCAAUUGGGGAGAAGUAUUGUAUAGCCUGCAAAGAACUUGAUGAAGAUACACAAGAAAACAUCCCAGAAGAAUUUCAAGAAAACAACCCUGUAUUUCAGGCUGAAGCUUCUGAGCAAUCUUUACGUGGUGAAGAGAGACUGGAAAGGUCUGAUGCAAUCAGUAAACUAUUAGGAGAUUAUUUACUGAAGGGAUACAAAAUGUUAGGAUCUACAUGCAGUAAAUGUGAUACUAUUCUGUUACAAGGCAAAGGCAGAAAUGAAAAAGAUCUUUGUGUAUCCUGUGAAAUUCUUAAUGAUGGAAAAGACAAUACCCCAACAGCAGUAACAACAUCAUCAUCCUCUGAAAUGUUAGCGAAUACCGCUGCAAUACCCAACUCAGCAAGGUUUGAAAAUGCUGAUACAAUGUCCUCCCCAGCUAUGUUAAGAAAUGCCACUGCAAUGUCCUCACGACCGAUUCAGACGGUGACAAGAACAACUAGUCGAUCCCAGUGUACCAAUACCUUAUCCUAUACUGAGGAUGUAUUAAGACACAAAAUAGAAUGGGCAACCCAACAACUCCAGUCAUCAUCCAGUGUGGACUAUAGCAUACAAAUUUGUAAUCUGAUAAAAUCAGCUGCAGAUGCUUUUUCAUCAUUACAGACUAUUAAAUUUACUAAUGAAUAACUGGUAUCUGUUUACCCCUAAGGUUGCUUUGAAUGCAAAAUUGUGAUGUUUUCCAGUUUUCAUGAAUAAAUACCGGUAUAUGGAUGAGAAGAUACUAUGGCAUUUGUGCGAAUGAUUUCAUUUAGUUUUUUGUCUUGCUUCUUGCAAAUUUUUCAGAAUGUGAGACAUAGGUAUGCUAUUCGACUGCUGUUUUAAUAAGUGGUUAUGAAACUAUGAAUUGAUUAAAUGAUAGAUCAAAUUUUAAUUUUUGAACAAAUGUGGAAAAAUCUAAUGCAUUUAAGUGUUAUCUGUAUAUUUUAAUGUUACAAAAUGACAACAAUUAUUGAAAAGUAUCAUUUUAAAAUGAUCAAAAAGGAGGAAGAAAUUGAAUCAUUUUUAGCUCACCUGGCCCGAAGGGCCAAGUGAGCUUUUCUCAUCACUUGGCGUCCGUCGUCGUCCGUCGUCAUUAGCUUUUUACAAAAAUCUUCUCCUCUGAAACCACUGGGCCAAAUUUAACCAAACUUGGCCACAAUCAUCAUUAGGGUAUCUAGUUUAAAAAAUGUGUCCGAUGACCUCGCCAAUCAACCAAGAUGGCCACCAUGGCUAAAAAUAGAACAUAGGGGUAAAAUGUAGAUUUUGGCUUAUAUCUCUGAAACCAAAGCAUUUAGAGUAAAUCUGACAUAGCGUAAAACUGAUUAUCAGGUCAAGAUCUAUCUGCCUUGACAUUUUCAGACAAAUCUGACAAACUGUUGUUGGGUUGCUGCCCCUGAAUUGGUAAAUUUAAGGAAAUUUUGCCGUUUUUGGUUAUUAUCUUGAAUAUUAUUAUAGAUAGAGAUAAACUGUAAACAGCAAUAAUGUGCAGCAAA